CUCGGCCCGCGGCGCCUGCGCAGAAGGCUCUAAGUGCUGGGAAGCAGGAGGCACUUGCAAUCGUCCGCAGGAUUGGGACUGCUACGGAGGCCGCCACGGAGCCCGCCGGAGCCACCGUUCCUUCUGCCGCCGCUGCCCGAAUCGGAACCAUCGGGCCGCAGCAGCCGGCAAUGCCGCGAAGGAAGAGGAAUGCAGGCAGUAGUUCAGAUGGAACGGAAGAUUCCGAUUUUUCUACAGAUCUUGAGCACACAGACAGUUCAGAAAGUGAUGGCACAUCCCGGAGAUCUGCCCGAGUCACCCGCUCCUCAGCCCGACUGAGCCAGAGUUCCCAAGAUUCCAGCCCUGUUCGAAAUUUGCAGUCCUUUGGCACUGAGGAGCCCGCCUACUCUACCAGGAGAGUGACCCGUAGUCAACAGCAGCCCACCCCUGUGACUCCGAAAAAAUACCCCCUUCGGCAGACUCGUUCGUCGGGCUCGGAAACUGAGCAGGUCGUCGACUUUUCAGAUAGAGAAACUAAAAAUACAGCUGAUCAUGAUGAGUCUCCACCUCGAACUCCAACUGGAAAUGCACCUUCUUCUGAGUCUGACAUAGAUAUCUCCAGCCCCAAUGUCUCUCACGAUGAGAGCAUUGCCAAGGACAUGUCCCUGAAGGACUCAGGCAGUGACCUCUCUCAUCGUCCCAAGCGCCGUCGCUUCCAUGAAAGCUACAAUUUCAAUAUGAAGUGCCCUACGCCAGGCUGUAACUCUCUAGGACACCUCACAGGAAAACAUGAGAGACACUUCUCCAUCUCAGGAUGCCCACUCUACCAUAACCUCUCAGCUGAUGAGUGCAAGGUGAGAGCACAGAGCCGGGAUAAGCAGAUAGAAGAAAGGAUGCUGUCCCACAGGCAAGAUGACAACAACAGGCAUGCCACCAGGCACCAGGCACCAUCAGAGAGACAGUUGCGCUAUAAGGAGAAGGUGGCUGAACUCAGGAAGAAGAGGAAUUCUGGACUGAGCAAAGAGCAGAAGGACAAAUACAUGGAACACAGGCAGACCUAUGGGAACACUCGGGAACCGCUCUUGGAAAACCUGACUAGCGAGUAUGACUUGGAUCUUUUCCGAAGAGCACAAGCCCGGGCUUCAGAGGAUUUGGAGAAGUUAAGGCUUCAAGGUCAAAUCACGGAGGGGAGCAACAUGAUCAAAACCAUUGCAUUUGGUCGCUAUGAGCUCGAUACCUGGUACCAUUCUCCCUAUCCUGAGGAGUAUGCACGCCUGGGCCGUCUCUACAUGUGUGAAUUCUGUCUAAAAUACAUGAAGAGCCAGACAAUACUCCGCCGACACAUGGCUAAGUGUGUGUGGAAGCACCCGCCCGGUGACGAGAUCUAUCGCAAAGGCUCAAUCUCCGUGUUUGAGGUGGAUGGCAAGAAAAACAAGAUCUACUGCCAAAACCUGUGCCUGUUGGCCAAGCUUUUUCUGGACCAUAAGACAUUAUAUUAUGAUGUGGAGCCCUUCCUGUUCUAUGUCAUGACAGAAGCGGACAACACUGGCUGUCACCUGAUUGGGUAUUUUUCCAAGGAAAAGAAUUCAUUCCUCAACUACAAUGUCUCCUGUAUCCUUACCAUGCCACAGUACAUGAGACAAGGCUAUGGGAAGAUGCUGAUUGAUUUCAGCUAUUUGCUUUCCAAAGUGGAAGAAAAAGUUGGUUCCCCAGAACGUCCACUCUCAGAUCUGGGACUCAUAAGCUACCGCAGUUACUGGAAGGAAGUUCUUCUCCGUUACCUACAUAAUUUCCAAGGCAAAGAAAUUUCUAUUAAAGAAAUUAGCCAGGAGACAGCUGUGAAUCCUGUGGACAUUGUUAGCACUCUGCAAGCCCUUCAGAUGCUCAAGUAUUGGAAAGGAAAACACCUAGUUUUAAAGAGACAGGACCUGAUAGAUGAGUGGAUAGCCAAAGAGGCCAAGAGAUCCAACUCCAAUAAAACCAUGGAUCCAAGCUGUUUAAAAUGGACCCCUCCGAAGGGCACUUAAAGUGACUCGGUACUCUGAGCCAGCGAACCCCAGCAGUAGGAAUCCAUACCCUAGGGAUCUGUCUGUCAUUUCUGUUGCUCUCGUGAUUGGCAAGUACAGUAUCCUCUGGGAAGGCCCCCCCACCCCUCAGGACUGUCCUCGCUCCGACCUUCAUGCACACUGCAUACGCUGGUUCUGAGGAACUGCUGUUUCGGCCUCAGUGAGGUUGCCCAGAUGGGAUCUCUGUUAGACUUGCGUGCAGAUCCCGCGUAGCACUGACCCAAGGUGUUCUGUUUUGGUACUGUACCUGUCCAGUCACUGGUUCUCUCCUCAUGUUCUUUAGCCCCAUGAGGUUGUGUUGUGUCUUUUAAACUUGGUAAUAGUGCUUCUUGCUGCCUGGUCUCACCAGACCUCCCAAUUACGGUUACCAGGAUCAUCUUUCUAGUUAUUCCUUACCACCUGUGUUUCAGAGGGGCAGGAAGCUGAGUGUGUGUACUGAGAGGGCUCCGUGCCCUUGGGAUUUCAUCUCACUUGGAGUUCUCCUCCCCACCCCCCACCCCCGUUUUUGUUAAAAGAUCUGCUUUGAUUCAUAUCAGGCUGACCAGAGCCAAAUAUUUUUGAAGAUUCUUCAGAGAUGAGUUUGGGUAACAGCACAUAAUCUGAAGGGGAUGGAGAGAAGAAUUCAUAGGUGUUGAUUCUGUGUUUGGAUUUGAGUUCCUCUGUGGGCAGUGGGCAGUGCCGUGGUAGAAGCAAUUGAAUACUUUUUUGCCUCACCAGAAAGUAUCCAGUGGUAAAUGUUUUUUCUUUACUCCCUGCCCCUUUUUACAUUUGCAGGUGCCAAAAUAAAUUCCGCCUCUCCCUUU